UUCAUCCGCAAGUAACACAAUUUAGUGGUAUUUUCUGGUUAUUUGCUUGACUUUGUAACUCAUAUUUUUAAAGUUUCGACAGACUUUAGAAUUUUGAAAUAGGCAAUUUAAACGUUUAUGUUUUAUUUUGAAAAUUUAUCUCCCAAAAUUUCUGGAACUACUUUUUGUUGAAAUUUACAGUACUAGUCACCAUGUUGGGUGGCACUGGUUGGUACGAAGUGGUAGAUGUCGCUGGUUAUAACACUUGGUUUGAACCAUCGGAAUAGUUUAAUUGAUCACAGAAAAAGAAGAUAUUAAAAAUGACACAGAUACUUCCAAUUCGGUUUCAGGAGCAUUUACAGCUUGCUAAUAUUGGUAUCAAUGCUGCCAAUAUUGGAUUCAACACCCUCACCAUGGAGUCUGACAAGUACAUUUGUGUACGUGAGAAGGUUGGAGAUUCUGCUCAGGUCGUCAUCAUCGAUACAAACAACCCAACAAAUCCCAUUCGAAGGCCCAUUUCUGCUGAUUCAGCCAUCAUGAAUCCUGCUUCUAAGGUUAUUGCCUUAAAAGCCAUGAGAACUCUUCAAAUAUUUAACAUUGAAAUGAAGAGUAAGAUGAAAGCCCAUACCAUGAAUGAAGAUGUUAUAUUUUGGAAGUGGAUCAGUUUAAACACAGUUGCCUUAGUGACAGAAACAGCUGUCUUUCAUUGGAGCAUGGAAGGCGAUUCCCAACCAGUGAAGAUAUUUGACAGACAUUCCAGUUUAAGUGGUUGUCAGAUAAUCAAUUACCGAACAGAUCAUAAACAACAGUGGUUAUUGCUUAUAGGAAUCUCUGCUCAGCAAAACAGGGUAAUAGGAGCAAUGCAGUUGUAUUCAGUUGAAAGAAAAGUAAGUCAACCAAUUGAAGGCCAUGCAGCUGCUUUUGCUCAGUUCAAAAUGGAAGGGAAUCCUGAACAGUCAACUCUUUUCUCAUUUGCAGUCAGGUCAGCUCAGGGAGGAAAGCUUCAUAUAAUUGAAGUUGGUCAACCCCCAGCAGGGAAUCAGCCUUAUUCAAAGAAAGCCGUUGAUGUCUUUUUCCCUCCAGAAGCUCAGAAUGACUUUCCUGUAGCCAUGCAAAUUAGUCCGAAGCAUGAUGUAAUUUAUCUCAUUACUAAGUAUGGCUACAUACACCUGUAUGACAUAGAAAGCGGUAUUUGUAUCUACAUGAACCGCAUCAGUGCUGAUACCAUUUUUGUCACGGCCCCUCACGAACCUUCAUCUGGAAUAAUUGGUGUUAACAGGAAAGGCCAAGUCCUGUCAGUCAGUGUGGAGGAAGAAAACAUUAUUUCAUACAUCACUAAUGUCUUACAAAACCCAGAUCUUGCAUUACGAAUGGCUGUCAGGAACAACCUUGCUGGGGCAGAAGACCUGUUUGUCAGGAAAUUCAACACGUUGUUCGGGAGUGGACAAUAUUCCGAAGCUGCAAAAGUUGCUGCUAAUGCUCCAAAGGGUAUAUUGCGUACGCCUCAAACGAUCCAACGGUUCCAGCAAGUUCCUACGCAGCCUGGUCAGACAUCGCCUCUUCUUCAAUAUUUUGGAAUCCUUCUGGACCAAGGCCAGUUGAACAAGUUUGAAUCCCUAGAACUGUGUCGCCCAGUCUUACAGCAAGGAAGAAAGCAACUCUUGGAAAAGUGGUUGAAAGAUGACAAGGUGGAAUGUAGCGAAGAAUUGGGAGACUUGGUGAAGCAAGUAGAUCCAACUCUGGCUCUUUCUGUGUACUUAAGAGCAAAUGUUCCAAACAAGGUUAUCCAGUGUUUUGCAGAAACUGGCCAGUUUCAAAAAAUAGUUCUUUAUGCCAAAAAAGUUGGGUACACUCCAGAUUACACUACUUUGCUGAGGCAGGUGAUGCGAAUUAAUCCCGACCAGGGAGCCUCGUUUUCACAGAUGCUGGUUCAAGAUAAUGAAUCCCUUGCAGAUAUUAACCAAAUUGUAGAUGUGUUCAUGGAAUUCAACCUUGUGCAACAGUGUACCUCGUUCCUUCUGGAUGCUUUGAAAAACAACCGACCCUCCGAAGGACCCCUCCAAACUAGACUGCUAGAAAUGAACCUUAUGACUGCCCCACAAGUUGCUGAUGCCAUUCUUGGGAAUCAGAUGUUCACCCAUUAUGAUCGUUCCAACAUUGCCCAGUUGUGUGAAAAAGCCGGACUCUUACAGAGGGCUCUGGAACACUAUACAGACCUUUAUGACAUCAAACGAGCUAUUGUUCACACGCACCUGCUUAAUCCCGAGUGGCUGGUGAAUUAUUUUGGCUCGCUGUCUGUAGAAGACUCUCUUGAAUGUCUGAAGGCCAUGCUUACUCAUAACAUUCGACAGAACCUGCAAAUUUCCGUACAGGUGGCGACAAAAUACCACGAGCAGCUGUCCACCACUGCCCUCAUUGAUCUUUUUGAAUCGUUCAAGAGCUAUGAAGGUCUCUUCUACUUCCUUGGAUCCAUCGUAAACUUCAGUCAAGAUCCGGAAGUCCACUUUAAAUAUAUUCAGGCUGCAUGUAAGACUGGACAGAUUAAAGAGGUGGAAAGAAUUUGUAGAGAAAGUAACUGUUACAAUCCUGAUCGUGUGAAGAACUUCUUAAAGGAAGCCAAGCUUACCGACCAACUGCCACUCAUCAUUGUCUGUGACCGUUUUGACUUUGUCCACGAUCUUGUGUUAUACCUGUAUCGCAACAACCUCCAGAAGUACAUUGAAAUUUAUGUUGCAAAGGUCAACCCAUCCAGACUCCCUGUAGUAGUGGGAGGAUUGUUAGAUGUUGACUGUUCAGAAGAUGUCAUUAAGUCGCUCAUCAUGAAUGUGAAGGGUCAGUUCUCCACCGAUGAACUGGUAGAAGAAGUAGAGAAACGGAAUCGACUCAAGCUGUUGUUGCCUUGGCUGGAAAUGAGAAUACACGAGGGUAUCAUUGAAUCUGCAACUCAUAAUGCCAUGGCUAAAAUUUAUAUUGACUCGAACAACAAUCCUGAAAGAUUCCUAAAAGAGAAUCAGUACUACGAUAGCCGGGUAGUGGGUAAAUACUGUGAAAAACGUGACCCUCAUCUGGCUUGUAUUGCAUAUGAACGAGGAGAGUGUGAUCGCGAGCUCAUCAAAGUUUGUAACGAGAAUUCCUUGUUUAAGAGUGAAGCUCGUUACUUGGUGAGACGUAAAGACCAGGAGCUGUGGGCCGAAGUUCUAAAUGACACCAAUCCAUUUCGUCGCCAGCUUAUUGACCAAGUUGUACAAACAGCCUUAUCUGAAACCCAGGAUCCUGAGGACAUUUCUGUUACUGUAAAGGCAUUCAUGACUGCAGACUUACCAAAUGAACUCAUUGAACUGUUGGAAAAGAUUGUUUUAGAAAACUCGGCAUUCAGUGACCACAGAAACCUCCAGAAUCUUCUGAUCCUCACAGCAAUCAAAGCCGAUCGAACUCGUGUCAUGGAGUACAUCAAUCGGCUUGAUAAUUACGAUGCUCCUGACAUUGCAAAUAUUGCCAUCGGAAGUGAACUGUUUGAAGAAGCUUUCGCCAUAUUCAAGAAAUUUGACGUGAACACUUCUGCCAUACAGGUACUUAUUGAGCACAUCCAAAACCUCGACAGAGCCUAUGAAUUUGCCGAACGAUGUAACGAGCCUGCAGUUUGGAGUCAAUUAGCUAAAGCACAGUUAGAUCAGGGACUUGUGAAGGAGGCCAUCGAUUCUUUCAUCAAAGCUGGAGAUCCUUCUUCCUACAUGGAUGUUGUCCAGACUGCUCACAAAACAGAAAACUGGGAAGACUUGGUUAGAUUUCUUCAGAUGGCUAGGAAGAAAGCAAGGGAGUCGUACGUAGAGUCAGAAUUGAUCUAUGCCUAUGCCAAAACAAACCGUCUUUCAGACUUAGAAGAAUUUAUUUCGGGGCCAAACCAUGCCGAUAUCCAGAAGAUUGGAGAUCGGUGUUUUGAUGAUGGCCUCUACGAACCUGCCAAGCUGCUGUACAAUAAUGUGUCCAACUUUGCUAGACUAGCCAUUACGUUGGUUCACUUAAAAGAAUUCCAGGGUGCCGUAGACAGUGCUCGCAAAGCAAAUUCUACACGUACUUGGAAAGAGGUGUGUUUUGCAUGUGUGAAUAACGAAGAGUUCCGGCUAGCUCAGAUGUGUGGGCUUCACAUAGUGGUCCACGCUGAUGAACUGGAAGAUCUCAUCAACUACUAUCAAGACAGAGGUUACUUUGAAGAAUUGAUCAGUCUUCUAGAGGCUGCCUUAGGUCUAGAGAGGGCUCACAUGGGAAUGUUCACAGAAUUGGCCAUUCUGUACUCAAAGUUCAAACCUUCUAAGAUGAGAGAACACUUGGAACUUUUCUGGUCUCGAGUAAACAUUCCAAAGGUGAAUCACUUACCAUUGGUGAAAUCUUAUUUGCGCUCAGUCCAGAACCUGAACAAUAAGGCUAUCAAUGAGGCCCUCAAUGGCCUUCUUAUUGAUGAAGAAGACUUUCAAGGCCUCAGAACAUCCAUUGAUGCAUUUGACAACUUUGACAACAUUGCUCUUGCCCAGCGUUUAGAGAAACACGAACUUAUUGAGUUUCGGCGUAUUGCUGCUUACCUGUACAAGGGAAAUAAUCGCUGGAAACAAUCGGUAGAGCUAUGUAAGAAGGACAUGCUCUUUAAGGAUGCCAUGGAAUAUGCAGCAGAGUCUAAGAUGGGUGACAUAGCAGAAGAGCUGCUUGCUUGGUUCCUAGAAGAGAAGAAUUAUGAAUGUUUUGGGGCCUGUUUGUUCCAGUGCUACGAUCUUCUCCAACCUGAUGUGAUUCUCGAACUGGCAUGGCGUCACGGAAUUACCGACUUUGCAAUGCCUUACUUGAUCCAAGUCAUGAGAGAGUACAUCACCAAGGUGGACAAGUUGGAUGAACAAGAAAAUGAAAGAUUAUUAGAGUCAUCUCAAAGUGAACAAAAAAUAUUUUAUGCUCCUGAACCUCAGCUAAUGUUGACUGCUGGCCCGGGCAUGAUGGGACCAGCGUACCAGUCUUACAGCCAGCCCAUGCCAGGCUAUCAGAGCUAUGGCAUGUAAAACCAAUACCACCAGUACAAGAGAACCCACUUCCUUCCAGUUCGAGAAAGAAUGGCCUGCAGGCACAGGACUAAAUUUGAAUGAAUAGAACAUUGCUUUAGGGAAUAGUCUAGUGUUGUACCUCUGUCUCCUAUUUUAUUUUAGUGUUACUUUUGACAGAAAAGGGUGUAAUUUAAAACUUUUUUUUAUAUAUAUAUAUAUAUAAAUUAUUCAGCUAAAAUUUAGCAUUUUCCACUUUCUUUGAUCAGCCCAUUCCUGUGUUUGUAUUAACAUGACAUUAGGUACAUUUUUUUUCUUUUGUUUUUUGUAUGUGUGUAUGGGGAACAGUGAGCAUGAGGAAUACUGUUCACUGAGGCAUUAUUUAAGAUUGAGGGACUGGGGAUAAAGCAAGGAUAUGAAUCUGUAGUUCUAAAUAUUGAUUUUUUUUCUUGAUAACGGAAUUGUUUUCAAACUCUUUCUCAAGGCAUGAAUUGUGCAGUCUUCAUAAUGUUGAGGAAUGACUUAUUUACCAUCAUUUUCAGCAGUUGUAAAAUAUUGUGGAAUAAAACCUUUCAUUCUAGGAAUUAGUAAGAAACCUACGACUUUUUUUGUUGGGGAAGAUGUGUGGGAAUAGUAGUAAAAGGAAUGUACGUUACCUUGAUAUCGUUUUAUUUUUGAAUUUGGUUAAAUGUGAAGUACGAUAAUGUGUCUGGUACCCGUGUUUAACCUAGAAACCAAGAAUUUUUUUAAAUGUUCUUCUAAUAGUACAUGUGUCGUAAACACCCAAGUGAGACGAAACCUAGGUUUAAGAAGUACUCUUAAAGCAGUUCGGAAAAGUUUCAGUAUUGUAUGGUAGAAGUGGUAACUUACUGGUGGUGUUUAGAUUAUCCAAGUUUUCAAGGUUUGGUCAAAAAUGUGUAGAAUAAUGUUUUGAUGGUCCAAAAUGCUGUAGUAGUGAGAAUUUAGUCUUACUGGCUGUAUGUGUACCAAGUAAAGAUUGCAGGCUAAAAACGAUACAAAUCCAAAAGUCACAUUAAUAAAUCAUAAUUCGUUGUUGUUGUUUUUUUGUUUCAAUCACCUCCAUUAAUUAAAUACUAUUAUCUGUCUAUGAACUGUAUUGUUUCAACUUAUUAUCAUUUGGAAAUAUCUAAAUUAGCCCUAAUAAUGUUAUGGGCCUGUCAUAUCGCAGUUACUUUACAAAUGUACCUUUACAACACGAGUUCAUAAGACUAAUAAAAAGGUACUAAAGUUGUAA